AUGAGCUGCAAAACUCCAAGACGAGGGUUCGACACCGGUGAAGGCAGUAGGCUGGCGGCUAGAGGGCGAGAGGCCAGAGACGAAGGUGGCAUUGCAACGGCCUGGUUAGACUCGUCCAAGAGGCGUAAUGGUCUCGUGCUUGCCACCACUCUAGUAGCCGAAGAUGAAUGUGUUCCCGGCGCUGGUCGUGCUGUUGCUGUUGCUGUUGCUGUUGCUGUUGCUGUUGCUGUUGCUGUUGCUGUUGCUGUGCUGUGCUGUGCUGUGCUGUGCUAUGAUGCCGCCGCUGUUAUGCCGGCUCAAUCCUCACUGCCCGGGGGCUCGCUCCUCGUCAAACGCAGGGAUACGGGUAGCGCGGAUUAA